ACCUUUUGUGACAUGCGCAUCAACAUGUUUUUAUGUAUAUGAUGUGUUUUAAACGUAUGUACGUGUGUAUAACUUAGAUUAGAAGAAUAAAUUUAUUCUUUGAAGAAAACAUUUAAGAAAGAAAUUUACAAAAUGGUACAUUGUAAAGCGUGUGGCGUAAGCAGCAAGGCUCGAAAUUAUGGAAUAACAUUUCAUCGGUUUCCAAAAAACGAAAGCCAAAGAAAUGUCUGGAUCAGUUUUAUAAAUAAGGAUAAUGAAUCAAAUACAAAUUUUAAGUGUACUAUGCUCUGCUCGCAACACUUUGAAGAUUCAUGUUUUGACAAAACAUCAAGUGUGAAAAUGAGAUUAAAACCAUUUUCUGUGCCUACAAUACAUAUUUCAAGAGCAAAAUAUUCAAGAUAUGAAGACAUUUUCACAAAAGUUGUUACAACUGUACCUUCAGAGAAUAAAACAUCUGCUGUAAACAUUAUACCAGAUAUGUCAAUAGAUGCUGCAGCAAUGGCUUCCAAAAUAAAUAACGAAGUAGUGAAUAAAUCAAUUCCUUCAAAGAAUUGUGAAACAUCUAUCAUAAAAAAAUUUAUAUAUAUACCAAGUAUAUCAACAGAUGCUACAGCAAUAUGUUCUAAUAUAAAGAGUAAAAUAAUAAAAAAGUCAAUCGACAGUGAUGUGAAUGAUCUCUUGCCAAUGAAUACAUCAGAUGAUCAAAAACUCAAUAAUAUUGUGUCUAAUAAUGUAGAGUCUCUGUCAUUUGGAACUAAUGCUUCAUAUAAAAUUUCACUAAACGAUACGCCGGAAGAGAUUGUACUAAAGGAGAGAAUUAUAUCGAUGAGACGAUUACUUACUGAAAAGUCAACUUUGAUUAAAUACUUACAAAAGAAAAAUUGCAAGCAACAAAAAAGAAUAUUCAAAUUAAAAUCAAUAGUAUCAGAACUUAAAAAUUUUACAUCUAAGGAUAACGAUUACACAAAUGAAUAAAUUUAAACCAAAUGAGCAAACAAUUAAGGUUAUUUAAAAAACCUACUAAAAGUUCUACUCACAAACAAUAUAAAGAAAUAAUAGAAAAUUUGCAAUAACGCUACAUUUUUUCUUAGGAAAGACAUGAUUAUAGUAUUGUUCGUUUUGUCUGUUCUGAGUCUACUCGGAGCAAACCCAAGCAGACCAACGCACUCUAAUAGGUUGGCGUCAUCGGAAUCAACCUAUUAGAGUGCGUUGGUCUGCUUGGGUUUGCUCCGAGUAGACCCAGAACAGACAAAACGAACAAGGCUAAUGUUUUACCACAUCCUAAGACACUUGGUAAAUGGUAUUCAACUGUAUGUAAAUGCAUCGUCAGGAUUAGUUAUAAAAGCUCUAAAAAUGAUCAAGACAAAUGCGAAAUUAUGUAAACGUCGGAUUGUAUGUUUAUUAAUGAUAGACAAAAUGGCUGUAAGGAAAAAAAUAGAAUUUAAUGGUAAAAAAUACUCUACAGAUAUGUAGAUUUUGGAAUUUCACUAGAUCAAAAUAGAGAUAUUGUGCAAAAAGCUUUUGUUUUCAUGAUCAUUGUUAUAAAUAAUAAAUGGAAAUGUCCAGUAAAAUACUAUUUUAUAAACGUACUUAAUGGGACACCAAAAAUAAAUUUAGUUACAUCAUAUUUGAAAGCACUCUUAAAUUGUAAUAUUAGUGUAAUAAAUUUAACUUUUGAUGAUUGCCAAAGUAA